AUGAAUCAGAUAAAAACCAUUUCUGAUAUCCGUUCAAUUGCUAUUUAUCCAAAGCGAUUUUCAGUUAUUGAUGAUUGGAUUUUAGCUGUCGUUCGCACUCUUGAAACACAUAAUGUUAUUGCUUCUGUAAUCUCUCGCGAUGAUGAUGUUGAGGCACAGAAAAUUAUGCAGACAAGCGACCUUGUGCUUGUUUUAGGAGGAGAUGGAACGUUUCUUUCUGCGGCACGGUUGGCAGCACCACUUGGUAAGCCUGUUUUAGGAAUUAACCUUGGCACACUAGGCUUUUUAGCUGAAUACGAACGUAAUGAAUGGGAAGCAGCACUGCAAAAUCUACUUUCCGGGCAGAUGACAAUAGAACCACGCAUGAUGGUAACGUGUACCUUAAAUGGUGAGCUACAGGGCUGGGCACUCAAUGAUAUUGUAUUAAAUAAAUCUGCUUUAGCCCGUAUGAUUGAGAUGCAACUAAUGAUUGCUUCAAAACCAGUGGCCCAUUUCCGGGCAGAUGGCCUAAUUCUAUCAACUCCUGUUGGCAGUACCGCAUAUAAUUUAUCUGCAGGAGGGCCUAUUAUUCAGCCAGCUACAGAUGUACUUGCUAUUACACCUAUUUGUCCACAUCAAUUAAAUUUUCGCCCUCUCGUUGUUGCUCCUAAAAAUACAAUUGAGGUUUGCAUUAAAGAGUCAGCAGAAGACUGUUUAAUCACGCUUGAUGGUCAAGUAGGUUACCACGUGCCUAAAGGUGGUGUGAUUCGGGUUGAACAGGCCCCAAAACCAUUAUGGUUAGUUUCAGGGCAAGAUCGUCGGUUUUUUGAGAUUUUGACUCAAAAAUUAGGAUGGGGUCACCCAGGUAUCCAUCGUUAA